AUGUCAGAUGAAGGUACUAGUGAGGUACGUCCCCUAAAUUUCCCUAACUGUUAUGAACUCCAAGAAUUCGUUGAUAUUGCUCUUGCAAAUAUUGGAAGAGUUCUAAAUGAACUCAGAAAUAUUCAAAGAGAAAAGAAAGAAUGGGAUCUGAAGCUAGAAGUUUGUGAAAUUGAACGUGAUUUGCUACAGGAAGAAGUAAAUGAACUCCAACUGCAAUUAAAUGGAUUGCAGAAAUCUACUAGUCAUAGUUCAGUCAAAUCAAAUCAGACUGUUCGUCACAAACAGAAGAAAUCUCAUGGGUGCUCCUUAUGUGGAAAGAAUGGACAUAAUACUAAUCAAUGCAGGAACAGAAUCAUAACUGAAAAGGAUUCUGAAGAUAGUCCAUCUUGUUUUUAUUGUGGUAAAAAGGGCCACACUUCAAAUCGCUGCAGGUUUAAGAACAACAGAAGAUGGGAACACCACAAGAAGAAUCGAAAAGGAAAAUGGUAUCUCGACAACGCGUGUUCCAGACAUAUGACUGGUGACAAACAACUAUUCAAAACAGUCACGAAACUAGAUGGAGGAACAGUUACAUUUGGAGACAAAUCCAAAGGAAAUGUAAUUGGUGUUAGAAAAGUUCCUCUAAGUCCAACAUGUGAUGUAGAUGAAGUUUACCUGGUUGAUGAACUUGGCUACAAUCUUCUCAGCAUUAGUCAACUAUGUGACAAUGAUUAUGAGGUUCGUUUUAAGAAACAUGGUUGGUUCAUAGAUGAUGAAUCAGGUAAAGUCAUUCUUUCAGGUAAUAGAGACAGAAAUGUUUAUACUUGA